AUGACCUCAAAUGCCUACAGGGCCAUCCGCGCCAAACAAACCCCAAGUACAAUCACAGUGUACCAAGCCUAUUCCCCUGAGAUAGCGGAUCCGGCAAUCAAACCUCAAACAUUCGUCCCUCCAUUUUCGCGCGAUAGAAUGACAUGGAUCAAACCCUCUUUCCGAUGGAUAGCGUCCCGCUCAAGCUGGGCAAGAAAAGCCCACCAAGAGCGUAUCCUAGCAAUAGAGAUUACACGCGAGGGGUUCGAAUGGGCAUUGCGUCAUUCCUGUUUGAGUCACUAUACUCCCGGUAAGGAGCCAAGCAAAGAGGAAUGGCGGAAGAAACUGCGCGCCAGUCCAGUCCGUGUUCAGUGGGAUCCCGAGCGCGAUAUUCUACUAAAUUCUUUGAAUUAUCGGAGUAUUCAAAUCGGGUUGAGUGGGGAGGCUGUUGGGAGAUAUCUUGAUGAGUGGAUUGUUUCGAUUACUGAUGUGACUGCUACUAUGAAGAAGAUCUUUAAACAUCUUGAGGUUGGGGAUAUCGAUGCUGCCAGAGAUUCUUUGCCAGAAGAGACUCUGUAUGUUUUACCUCAAGAGUUGAAGGAGAAGCUUAGGAUGAAAUAA